UGGAGUCAAUGGAGUUGUCGCAACUCUCUCUCUAUAUGGCUCUGGUCACUACAAUCGACACAACGUCGAGUGAGUGACAGAAGGGGAACAGAUACCACACAUAAUCAGGUGCACUGAAAGUGUCCUUCACAUUCCCCUCUCGAGAUGCGACUGACCCUGCAGACGUUUAUCUCCCAUGGCCGUGUUUACCGUCGGAUGGGACUCGGACCCGAGUCUAGAAUCAACAUGCUUCGGAACAUACUCACCGGUCUGGUUCGACACGAGAGAAUAGAAACUACUAGAGCCCGAGCCGAUGAGGUUCGCUUUUACGCUGAAAAGUUGAUUGAUUAUGCCAAAAAGGGAGAUACUAAUGAAAAGUCGAUGAAAAUGGCUGACUUCUGGCUCACGGAAAAAGAUUUGAUUCCAAAACUUUUCAAAGUUCUAGCGCCAAGGUUUGAGAAUCAGACAAGUGGAUUCACGCGGAUGGCCCGCAUUCCCAACAGAGACAAUCUGGACCGCUCGCCCAUGGCUGUUCUUGAGUAUAAAGCCAACCCUUUCCCACCCCUGUUCCCUGUUAAACGCGUCAGUGAAAUGAACUUGUUAAACCAACUUCUGAAAGGAUACAGAGAAGAAAAAGCUUUAAUGGUUGCUAAAAUAAAGGAUUUGUAAUCUUUUAGCACCAUGUUUUUAUGUUGUAUUUAAAGUAAUAAAUCAAUAUCUAUUUCA